ACUAGAUUUUAUUCCAAAAAAUCCGAAUCCCAAUUCACACCCGUAACCAAACAUUGAUGAUUGAACCCAACAUUUCUCCUAACAAAAACAUCAUUCCCAACAAAACGUCGAUUCAAUUCCGAAUUGAUGAUAGAUAUUCUUCCCAAUCAACCGAACCCGAAUUAUAAAAUUGACCCAACGUUACGACGUCGUAUCAUUGACGUCAUCCCCCCGUCACCAUCUCUCUCCCUCUUCUUUCUCCGUUUCUCUCUCUAACCAUAACAAACCUCCGCUCUACGUAACGCCCUCUGCGUUAGUCUAGCGUAACCCCUCACGUUUCAAACACCACAAUAAUCACGCACUAAACACACACACACACACACACACACACACACUAAAUGGCGGCGGCGGAGCCGCCGGAGCAGGAACCGGCGACGCCCAAUCUCUGGGCGGAGCUGCUGAGAAAAAUGCUGCCGGAAGGCGCCCCUCUGCCGGACGACGACCAGCUAGAUUACUCCAUUUCCGUCAAUUACGCCGGCCCUCCCCCAUUUUACAACCCGCCGCCGUUAAAUUCCACCUUCCCCAAACCAAAAUUCACCACCUUCCCCAAAUACCCACCCUCCCUCUCCCCCAGAAACCCUGCCUCGUCCAAAUCCGCAUCCAGUUCCGACACCACCACCACCUCCGACAACUACAUCAAACUCUUGAGCGCCGCUAGCUCCAUCGCCUCCGACGACGGCGGUGCCGCUUCCGAUCCCGGCAAUUCCCCUCGCUCCGAUCAGGUUACAACCGAAACGAAGCACGUAAAACGUGGAAUUAAGAGCAGAAGGUGCAGAAGGUGCAGUAGGUGCAGAAAUCGAGGUAAAGGAAUUUUAUGGGGGAAAGAGGGCUGCGUAGUGUGCGGAGCAGAGUACUGUAAAAAAUGCUUGUUGAAGGCAAUGGGAUCCAUGCCGGAGGGGAGAAAGUGCAUCACCUGCAUCGGAAACCCCAUUGAUGAAGCCAACAGGGCAAAAUUGGGGAAGCCUUCGAGAUUGUUGAAGAGAAUCUGCAGUCAAUUGGGGGUUAAGCAGAUAAUGGAGAUGGAGAGAGAGUGCAGGGCCAAUCAGGUGAUGCCACGUCAGAUCAUCGUAAAUGGCCGUGAAUUGAGGGAAGAUGAAUUGGAUGAAUUGUUGGGUUGUAAGUUGCCUCCGAAGGGUUUGAAGCCUGGCAGAUUUUGGUAUGAUGAGGAUUCUGGGCUUUGGGGCAAGGAAGGAGAAAAGCCGGAGAGGAUUAUUAGUUCGAAAUUAGAUGUGGGCGGCAAGUUGCAGACCGGUGCGAGUGGCGGUAAUACGAGAGUUUACAUGAAUGGCCGCGAGAUCACUAAACUCGAACUUCGAGUGUUGAAGCUGGCCAAGGUGCAAUGCCCUAGUGGUACUCACUUUUGGCUAUACGAGGAUGGAUCGUACGAGGAAGAAGGCCAAAACAACAUUAAAGGGAAUAUUUGGGAAAAGGUCUCGGUUCGUUUCAUUUCGUCGUUGUUCUCGUUGCCUGUACCACCACCAUCACAAAUUGCUAAUCCUAAAAAGAAAGAUCGUGUUUCGGUUAUACCUAGAUUGUUUUCCCCUGAUUACUCGGAGCAGAAUCGAGUCCGUAAGCUUCUUCUUCUUGGAUUAGACGGCUCUGGAAAAAGUACCAUCUACAAGCAGGCGAAGUUGAUAUACGCAAACAAAUUCAGUUCUGAAGAGAUGCAAAAGAUUAAGCACGUAAUUCAAAGUAACAUGUACAGAUAUCUCGGUACUCUGCUCGAAUGGAGAGAGCAUAUCGAAGAGGAGAGUUUCGAUAGGUCUGUACGAGGAGAGAUGGAAUUUAAUAAUCAAAAAAUCAGUGACUUCUCUGAUUGGUUAUUGAAUCUAAUGGCUAAUGGAGAGAUAGAUAUAUAUUUUCCUGCUGCUGCACGGGAAUAUUCUCCUCUAGUUCAUGGAAUCUGGAAAGAUCCUUCUAUACAAGAAACAUACAAGAGAGUAAAACAACUUCAAUUAAUUCCAGAUGUCGCCGAAUAUUUCCUAAACCGGGUCAUCGAAAUAUCGAGGAAUGAAUACGAGCCUUUGGAGGAAGACAUUCUAUUAGCUGAAGGUACAACUCCAAGUAACGGUAUUGCGUGCACCGAAUUCUCAUUCGAAUAUCACAGUGCAGUUUCUCAGAUAUACGACGAAAACCCGAAAAUCCAACAAACAAAGUACCAAUUGAUCCAGCUCAGCUCUAAGGGGCAAAACCGUACAUUCAAAUGGCUAGAAAUGUUCGAGAACACGAGCGCCGUAAUCUUCUGCAUUUCUUUGAUCGAUUAUGACCAACACGAUAAAAUGAUCGAAAGCAGAGAUUUUUUCAAGGCUAUAGCAACGCAUUCUUGUUUCGUGGGGUCGCCCUUUCUUCUACUGCUAACAAAAUACGAUUUAUUCGAGGAUAAAAUCGAGAAAGUCCCUUUAACCGUUUGUGAUUGGUUUCGGGAUUUUAAACCAUUAAAGACUCGUAAUCAUAGUAGUAAGAGUCCUCUGGCACAACAGGCAUUUUACUAUAUCGGUAUGAAAUUCAAGAAGAUGUAUACUUCUCUCACGGGAAAAAAACUGUACGUUAACCAAAUCCAGGCUCGUGAUCGAAAAUCGGUCGAUGAAGCGUUUAGAUAUAUACGAGAGAUUAUUGACUGGGAAGAGCAGCAGAGGGAGGAUGAAGGUAUUUAUUAUACUCUAAGUGACGACGAUAUGUAA